UUGAAGUCAAAUCCUCUGCGAGCUGCGCGACCGCGGCCGCCUCCGCAAAUCCCUUUUAAUUGCCUUAAAAGCCAUACAGCUAUUUAUUUUUGUGUUGCGCUUUAUCCCCAACUCGGGACCACGAUGGUAAUCCGAGGACGGAUUAUUUAGUGGGGUUAAGAUCGGAGUUUACAGACGGUCUACCGAAUAAAAGCCCUGUUUCAGGUGUCAGCUUGCCAGUGUGUGCGUAAGUGUGUUCGUGUGCGUGUGUGUGUGCGCACGCACACGCUGGUGUGUGUGUGUGUUUUAUUUUUUUGCCUGUUGUACAGUAUUGGAGCAGAGUGCAGCCUGAGCACAUCACAGAAGGACGAUGAGCGAGCUGGAACAGUUACGACAGGAAGCUGAGCAGCUAGGCAAUCAGAUCCGGGAUGCGAGGAAAGCCUGCAGUGACUCCACUCUGUCACAGAUCACAGCCGGUCUGGACUCGGUGGGCCGGAUACAGAUGAGGACACGGCGUACGCUCAGGGGCCACCUGGCCAAGAUCUAUGCAAUGCAUUGGGGCAGUGACUCCAGGUUACUCGUCAGCGCCUCCCAGGAUGGCAAACUGAUCAUCUGGGACAGUUACACAACAAAUAAGAUGCAUGCCAUCCCGCUGCGCUCCUCGUGGGUAAUGACGUGUGCCUACGCCCCCUCUGGCAACUACGUCGCCUGUGGAGGGCUGGACAACAUCUGCUCCAUCUACAGCCUCAAGACCCGCGAGGGAAACGUACGGGUCACCCGAGAGCUGCCCGGGCACACUGGUUAUCUGUCCUGCUGUCGUUUCUUGGAUGACAACCAGAUAGUGACCAGUUCUGGAGACACCACCUGUGCGUUGUGGGACAUCGAGACGGGCCAGCAAGCAACAACCUUCACUGGCCACACGGGCGACGUGAUGAGCUUGUCCCUGAGUCCAGACUUGAAAACCUUUGUGUCGGGUGCUUGCGACGCCUCCUCUAAGCUGUGGGAUAUACGCGAUGGAAUGUGCAGACAGUCCUUCACCGGUCACCUGUCUGACAUCAACGCUGUCGCUUUCUUUCCCAAUGGGAACGCCUUCUGUACCGGUUCAGAUGACGCCACCUGCCGACUUUUUGACCUGCGCGCUGACCAGGAGCUGAUGAUGUACAGCCAUGACAACAUCAUCUGUGGCAUCACCUCUGUGGCAUUCUCCAAAAGCGGCCGCCUGCUGCUGGCCGGCUAUGACGACUUCAACUGCAACGUCUGGGACACUCUCAAAGCUGAGCGCGCUGGCGUUCUUGCAGGUCAUGACAACAGGGUCAGCUGCCUUGGGGUGACGAAUGACGGCAUGGCCGUAGCCACCGGCUCCUGGGAUAGUUUCCUGCGGAUCUGGAACUAAACCGAUGCCAUCUCCGUUCUCUGUGCGGCCCCCAGCCACCUCCCCAACUAUCCACAGGUUGCCUCCUCCACUGCAGCCUGACCCACUGCCCCCCCCCCCCAACUCACCCAUCGACUCCAUCUUAUCGGCUGGGUGGGACUUUGAGCGGCGAACACUGUGUCAACAGAAAUCUAACUCCGCCCACUAAUCCUCCCUCUCCGCUGGAGACCCACCCAUCUGUGAGAAAGUACCACUUCUUUCUACCUUUUUAAAGGACUUUUUUUGUUUUUUUACCCACCUAUUACACUAAAACAGCAACAAAAACAGCUUUUCUGUAGUUACAAUCAUAAAAAGGCAAGAGUUAUGAAAAAAGGAGAAACGCGAGUGAUUUUUGUCCUCCUGUCAUUUAUUUCCCCCUCGCCCAGCUGUAAAUGCCCACUUGUAAAUAGAUUCAGUAUAUAUAGCAUUGUGUGUAUUCAUGCAUUAUAUAUGCAUAUAUAAUGUGUAUGUAUAUAUUUUUGUAGUUCAUUUCUCACACUUGAGGUUUUUUUUUAUUAUUAUUUUCGGGUAAUUGGUUAUUUUAGUUUUAAAUGUACAUACUUUUCACAGUAGUACAUAACACCCCAGACCUUGGUCAAAUAGUAAAUGCAAAUACUGAUUAUUUUGCUUCUUUUUUAUUAAAAACAAACAAACAUUCAGCUCAGUGUACUUGGUGGGUUGACUUUACCCCAUCAGGACAGAUUAGCUCAUAUCAGGUAAUUUUAUCACAACAAAAUUGUAUAGUGAAGUGAAGUCAAGUUUAUUUGUACAGCCCAAAUUCACAAGGUAGUCCCAAUAGGCUUAACAGUCAUACAACAUAGGACACCCUCUGUCCUUGGACCUUAAACCCAAAUGAGGAAAAACUCCACAAGAAAAACUUUUAUCAGGAAGAAAAAUAUGGGAGAAACCUCAGGAAGAGCAAGAGGAGGGGUCCCUCUUCUAGGACAGACAUACAUAUGCAACAGGUGUUAGAUGCACAAAAUAUACAAAAAUAACAGAAUUGUAAUGUAAACCAACUAAAUUUGUCUUUUGCAGACUUCCUUGUUAUUGGCUAAACUUUCUGCCAGUCUUUAUACACGGAUCAGCCAGAACAUUAAAACAGCUGAUUAUCUCUUUACAGUGGAGCCUGUCAAGUGGUGGGAGGUAUUAGGCAGCAAGUGAAGUCAGUUCUUGAAGUUGAUGUGUUGGAAGCAGGGUCCUGGGCGCCCAAAGCUCGUUGAUGCACAUGGGGAGCGAAGGCUAGCUCGUCUGGUCCAAUCACACGGAAGAACCACUGUAGCUCAAAAGGUUUAUAUUGGCUAUGAGACAGGUGUCAGGCCACACAGAGCGUCACAUCUUGCUGCAUACGCGGCUGCGUAGCUGCAGACCGGUCAGAGUGCCCAUGAUGGACUCUUUCAUGACAAUGGUAUUCCAUGAUGGCAGUGGCCUCUUUCAGUAGGAUAAUGUGCCCUGCCACACUGAAAAGAUUGUUUGGGAAUGGUUUGAGGAACAUGACAAAAGGUUCCAGGUGUUGCCUUGGCCUCCAAACUCCCCCGAUUCUCAAUCUGGUCAAGCAUCUGUGGGAUGUGCUGGAAAAACAAGUCUGAUCCAUGGAGGCCCCACCUCGCAACUUACAGGACUUAAAGGAUCUGCUGCUAACGUCUUGGUGCCAGAUACCAGAGGACACCUUCAGAAGUCUUGUGGAGUCCAUGCCUCGGCAGGUCAGAGAUGUUUCGGCGGCACAAGGGGGGCCUACACAAUAUUAAGACAGGUGAUUUUAAUGUUUUGGCUGAUUGGUGUGUAGUACUUUGUGUGUGUUAGACCCACCCAUCUGGCAUCAAAGAAGGAUUUAAAAGAAACACACGCGUAAUAUGCUAGUUCUGUUUGGCCCAAGUUUGGAUAAGUUUUCAUUUUGAUCUUACUAUCCUCAUACAUCAGUGUGUACAAGUUUGUGUGUGCGUAUGUGUUAAUGUUACAUGCCCUGGGCAUACAAUCGCAUCCUGUAACUAAAAGUUAUCAUGUGGAUGAUAGAUGUGACGGUGAUAUUUUUUACAUUCCCUGUUGGCGUUCUCCACCAGUGACUGCAGCUUUUCUUCUGUAGAAGAACAUGUCCCUCUGUUGUGGUUGUGUAUUGACAAAGCUUCUUAGCCAACAAGAUUUUCAUUUUAUUUUAUUUUUUCAUCAGUCUGUAUACAGUUUUAGCUGCAAAGAAGAAACUAGUAACACUGGCCUGGGCGUCUGGGUAGCGUGGCGGUCUAUUCCGUCGCCUACCAACACAGGGGUUGCCAGUUUGAAUCCCCGUGUUACCUCCGGCUUGGUCGGGCGUCCCUACAGACACAAUUGACUGUGUCUGCGGUUGGGAAGCCGGAUGUGGGUAUGUGUCCUGGUCGCUGCACUAGCACCUCCUCUGGUCAGUCGGGGUGCCUGUUCGGGGGGGGGGUGGGGGGU